AUCCCUCUAUCUGUUACUUGUGUUUCUCUCGCUUCUGUUAUUUUAAUUGUUUGUUUUGGUGAAUAACUGUUUAUUAAUUGUAAUCAUGGGUGUUAUUAAGCAUGCAGACGAUCUUUUUUUCUCGGGAUUGAUCGAAGAUGAUCUGGGAUUACCCGAGAAUGAGAAUGUUGAAGAUGAUAUUGUUCUGGGCAGCCUCUCAGAAUUAAGCAGAAAAAGGUCUAAGACUUUAAGGAAUCGAAAUAAGAAAUUUGAUGAGAAAUUAUUAGUGUCUAAACCAAAGCCUGGUGUAAGGAGAGCAAGAAGAACAGAAAACUUACAGUAUAUAUUGAACAUGGUGGAUAGAGAUGAGAUAGAAACCGAUGUUGUUACGUUAAAGGAUCCUCAUGUCUCAGCUUUUGCUCAAUUGUUUAUGGAUCAAGAAAAGAUGAAGAUCUGGAAUGAUUUUGUGAAUGGAAAUAUGGACAGAAAGAAGAAGGAGAAGAAGGAAGAGAUGUUGGAUGAUGAAGAAUGGGAGGAAAUACCAGAUAAAAGAGUUGUUCACCCAGCUUUUACUGCUGAAGAAAGCUUUCAAAGAUUACAUAGCAGCUUUAAGAAAUUAUUACGAAGAAGACAUAUUCCAUUGGGCCUGUUAGAAAAGUUGGAAGAUGAAAUUAUGACGUUUUUUCGAGAUUGGCCUAACUCUGUGUUCAUAUCAGAAAUAACAUGUAGCUUUGAAAGAUUAUUACUUCAUCAUCUCUGCCAAUUUUUAUGCCUCCAUUCAAGCAGCAAAACCAGGGGAGGUGUUCGAAGAACUCAUAUAGAAAAUUUGUAUGAUGAUUUCUUACCACCAGAUACCUUACUCAGUGAAUACAUUGAAAAACAUAUCUACAGUUCCUAGUCUUCAACUUAUUGUCUGCAUUUUAUAUUUACUGUAUAUUAUUCUUGUUGGUGUUAAGGUUUAAUUUUACAUUUACGUUUACUACGAUUUAUUCAAAAGAAGGCUAAGACCUUCAGUUUUUGUAUAGACUUUCGUUUAUUAAAAGGCAUAGUUCAAUAAAUACAAAAUUCGAAAUUGACGUAAACACCAGUUUGAUUAACUGUUGGUGUUUAAAAUUGAUGAAAUAGUUUUUAUUCAAUUAGUAUUGUUUGCAUUUAAAUUGGAUGUAAAUGUCGCUAAAUGUGGUAAAAGGAAUUAUUUACAUGUCCACGGACUGCCGUGUUGUUCACUUUUGUUAACUGCCUUAGUUCCAUGAGACUUCUGAUUUAUAUUUUAAAAGUUUAUCACCUAUUGUUGCAUUUUCUAGGCAUUAAAUAACUUUAGUUUAUGUACUAUUUUACGAUUACUUUUAUACGUUUGACUAAUCUGAACUCUACUUUAUAAAGUUAGACACCUAUGUCUAAGCAUUAUUAAUACGGUUCAUACGGGCCUGGUUUAAUAUAACGAAAUUUUGGUUUAGAAAUAAUUUUUUUACAUGCAGAUAAUUGAAGAAAAGAUUAUUAGAAGGCUGUUUAAUAACUUCGUCUGUGUAAUUCUCUCCGCUACUUUAUCCACGACCCUAUUGAAUAUGAUGUAAGCAAAUAAAUACUUCAAAUGAUU